AUGACAGUCAAGUUGAUGAAACGGGGUGACAAUCCCGCAGGUAAAAUUAAAAGUCGCAAAUUUACGAAGCAGGGGGCCAGGAUCAUAGGUCCGUCCUUGACAGGCGGCGUUUUCUUGCACGUAAACCCAAUCCACGCAGCUGAUAUAGAGUCUGGUCUCGCCCAAAAUCCGUAG